AUGAGUUUGAAGACUAAAAAUGAACUACGUGCUGCAAUUACCCCGCCACCUCCAACACUCGCUCGAGAAAAUAAACUGGAGAUGGCUCGUCGCUACCUUAAGCCACUUAGGGUAGCCGAAGGGCGAGGUGGAAAAUACCUGAGCGCCGCACCCCGCCCGCCCCGGGGCAGCGCCGCGGGCUCGCCUCGCCUUUGCCCCGCGGCCGCGGGCGGGUCCUGGCUGCAGGUGGCGGCGGGCCCGGGGAGGAGCGGGCAGGCCCGCGGGCAGGUGGCGGCAGGUCCGCGGCUCGGAUGGGUCCCCGCCACCCGACUCCGGCGCUCCCCGCCGCCCCCACCGCUGUCGGGCCGCCCCGGGCCGCCGAGGGCUGCGCCGGCCCACACGGGCUGCAGUGAUUGCCACGUGAGUUCUUCAAGGAAAAUGGACCCUAAGAUGAGAGAGGCUGAAGGAGAUGGAGAGGACAAUUCAGGAAAGAAAAAAUCGAAGUUCAAAUCUUUCAAGAAGUUUUUUGGUAAAAAGAAAAGGAAGGAGACGUCAUCUUCUGUGAGCAGCAGCCUGAAGUUGUGCCAGUCAACGAGUGAUGUCGCAGCCUCUCAUGACAUGCGCAUUAGUUAUGAUUCUGAAGAUGAACUUGAGACACAUAAAGGCAUUAUGGGAAGCAGAGCUUUAUCACAUGAUAGCAUUUUCAUCCUUGAGACUGGACAAGAGCCUGCAAGGCCAGUAAGAGUGUUUUCUCAAGAAAACAUUUCUGAUCGGAUUAGAGCUUUACAGAUGAAGCUCCAGCCUACCAUGAAACUGGGACCUCCGCCUCCAUUUGGACUUCAUGCAAAGCGAACAGAGGAUGCUGGGACCAGUUCUGAAGAUGAUGGAUUACCCAGGAGCCCUCCAGAAAUGUCUUUGUUCCACGAAAGCCUAAGCUCAGGCAUAAGAACAAGAUUCUCUGACUCUCACAAGCACCUUAGCUCUUUGAGUUUAGCUGGAACAGGCAGUGAAGAAGAAGAACAGAUUACACUGGGUUCUUCUAGAUCUCGCUCUACAGAUGGUCAGCUGUUCACUAGGCAUGGAAGUACCAAAACUGGGUCUCCCUGGACAUCUGACAGUACCAUCUCCCCUACAGCCAAUUUUGACACUCCACCUGAGCUUUCUGCUUUCUUGGAUAAUUCUGCUGCUAAACAUAAGCUUUUAAUAAAACCCCGGAACCAGAGAUCCAGUAGAAUGAGAAAAUUUUCUCAGAGGACUCAGUCUGAAUCUCUGACUGAUUUGAGCUGUACCCCAGAGGAAGAAGAAGAGGAUGACGCUGUAUUCAAACCCAGCAAUGAGGAACUGCCAUGCAGCGCAGCUGCAACGCAGAAUGUGGCUUCCUGGCCAAAGCCCAGAAUGCCUGAGGAUGUCCCCCCUGCUCUGAGACCAGUGAUGACUCAGCCUGCUUCUGAGUCUGCUGUUGGACAGGAAACCCUGCUACCAGAGAAUACACCAGAGGACUGCCAACCAACACUGGAAAUGACACGUGAGGAGUCUGAGUCCUCAUUGCUGUCAGAAGGCAAAGACCCUGCAACUUCUUCCUAUUCCAGUUUAGACAGAGAAGUACAAAAGCAAGAAGAUUUCUCAGAAACACUGGUUCUGUUGUCUGGGGAUGUGUCAAUCAAUAUUGUAAAUCAAGAAAAUAAGGAGCUUCCUACUGAGUUUUCAUUAAAUAAAUUACCUUCUCAGGAAAAUAUUUCAAUUAAUGAGAAUAGUAUUGUUUUCUUGGGAAGGUCAGAAGAAAAUAAACAGAAAGAGGAUCAGGUACCUGUGGAAAUGCAUGGCAAUAAAGGGGCAAACAAAGAGUUUACUCUGUUGUCAGAGUCCAGCAAGGAGCUUUUCAUGGGUUCAUCCCAGCCCACAGACUCAUUCCAUGUUUCACAUCCUGCUUCCUCAAUGCAGAUGGGAUCAUCUACUUUAGGCUCUCUAGAGAAAAUAAAGACUGCACAGGAGGCAGCUGCUUCUGAUAAGGAGAACAGUCAGUCACCGGUCCACAAGGAGGAACAGUUGAGGAAGAAAGCUGAAAAGGCAGUCAAUGAACUCAGUGCCUUCAAAAAGUUUUCCGUUUCGUCUGCAUGGGAGAGGCCAAGCACCAGAAGCCUGCAUUUUCCAGAAAGAUCAGAAUUGGAAAGCCCAUUAAAUACUGGAUUCUUCCUGUCCAAAGCAAAGCUCACCUCAAGAAAUGAGAAGUGGCAAGACAACUUCCAGAAAGGAUCAGAACUGGAUGAGGAAAAAAGUAGCAACAAAAAGGAGACCUUGCUGCCAGAGUCCUACUCUGAGAAGACAGGACAACCUACAGAAAUUUUGGCCUGUUAUGUUUCCCCAGCUGUUGAUGCAGUACCAAUGUCAAGCAAUUCUUCAGUGGUAUCUCAGAAUCAGCCAGGUUGUAAAGAUAAAAAUCCUUUUCAAGUGAAACUUAGAUCCACCUCACUGUCCUUGAAAUAUGAAGACAACUCACCGCCAGAAUCAAAAGGGAUUAAAAGAUACAGUGCAGAAUUUAAUUUAGAAAAUGAGGGACUGUCUUCCUUUCUAAGAGGUGAUAAGCCAGAGAUCAGAAAAACAGCCAAUACAAAUACUGGUGAUUCUUUAAAUGAAAAGAUCAAACUCAAAGCAAAGUCCUCUGAACAGCUUAGCAGCAAACCUCCACUGCCUAAAAAGCCAGUGUUGCAAAGUAUAACCAUUCCAAACACCACUGCAAGCAAGGAGAAACAGGACAAAGCUAUUCACUCUCCUGAAUCCAGAAAUGAAGACAGAGACUUGGAGAAACAGUCAACUGCUUGGAAAGUGCCUGAGAAAAGCGUGCCUUCCCCUGUGGCUGCUGGAGACUCUGGAAGAGAUCCUGACACUCCUACAGAGCCAGCCUGGAUUUCCAUUGCAAGGCAAAAGCAGAGGGGUAUGCAUCAGGAGAAGGAACUCGACAGAGAAAAGCUUGUGGCUCCAGAUAAUAAGUCAAAUGCAGAGAAACAGAAUAAAGGAAAGGAACAAACAGAGGAGCCAGUGAGGCAACAAUGGAGCAAACCUUCACACUUGGCACCUAAAACCACUUCUGAAGAGCAGAGGAAAGGCACAAAGUCUGAAGGGAAGGCCCUGCUGAGAACCAAUUCAUUGUCACAUUAUGUCCCUGUAGCUCCAUCACCUGCACUGGUGGAUAAGGAGGAAAUAAGCCACUUGAAGAAAGCCAAUAAUGUUGUUCUGGAUCAGCCAUCAUGGAUGGAGCUGGCCAAAAAGAAGUCUCAAGCUUGGAGUGAUAUGCCGCAGAUUAUAAAGUAGAAUGAUGCAAACAAGUAGCAUCUUUCAUAACUAAGACAACUACUUAACUGAACUCCAACAAACCAGCUAAUCACAGUGUGAUCAAGAAUCUCUUGAUACAGAAGGGUUUUAUUUUACAGCUGUGGAGAAAGUGUGCAAUAGGUGCAGUCAAAAAGUUUACCUUCAGUUUUGUAGCAAUCAGAAUUGCAAUGGCAAUGGAUUACUUAAAUUAUGCUAAGGACAUACUUACACUUCAGAAAAUAAACUUUUGCCUUAUGUAUUUCCUGCAUUUUCUGCUUUUAAUGAUGUUUGUAUCCAAGCAGGAUAUUUGCUAAAGUUUGCUGAACUAGUGUUAUUGCUGGAAAAUUCUGUUUGUUAUGGUUUUCUCUGUUUACAGUUAUAAAUUGUGCACUUACAUCCUGAUUCUCUUGAUGUGUUUCAUUAGAAUCACGUGACACACUUUGUACCAAAGCUGUUAGGCCUGUGCAGGUAUUCCUGAAUAGCUGCUAGUGAGUACUCCAUUAAAAUGUGUUGCUUGAGCUGCAGGUUUGCCUAGCUAAGCCAGUGGUACAUUUUCUGGGGUUAGGUUGCGUUUUGGGAGGCACAAAUAUGCCCAUUUAUGUGUGACCAUGAAAAACAUUGCUCAGUUCUUUCUGUGAGCAACCUUGGUUGUACAGUGUUUUCAAGCAGGUGAGCAGUAAGGAAAGAGAACUGCAGUUGGAAGCUCAUCAAUGUAUUCACAGCUGCUUUUCUACCUGGAUUCAUCUGGCUGUAACUGGCUUUCCUUCCUGUGAAACCUCAUGCCCAGUCAGGAGGAUGGUAUUAGUAACAAUGGUCAAUAUGAAUUUAAUUAAAAAUUAAGAACUGACAAUUCUGGAGCUAAAAUUCAAACUGAAGUACUGGGGAAAACUGAAUUUCAUCACAGUGCCAGCUUCACAUAUCACCCCCCACAUAAUCUUAAUUCCUCUCAUUCAAAACCAGUAACAUACAGAUAGCAUGUACAGACAUGACUACCUUUAUAUAACAUCCUCAUGCUCAUUGCCCUGAGUCUCUCCCACCAGUUUGUGACUCCCACUCAUGAAGUCUCCUAGGCUCUUCACCUUCGCUUCUUUAACAAGAUUGACAAGAUAAAUCAUUUGCUGCUGAUUGACUGAAGCUACUCUGAACAUAUUUUAAGACCUCCCUAUGGGUUACAGAAGCAAAGAACAAACCCUGUGAUGCCCUACUGCUAAGACAAGCAUUCAAUUUUUUGCAUGCAUGGGUGAAUUACUACCUUGGCACUGCAAUCCCUAGGUUUAUUUAUGUUUAUAUUAGUGGUUUUGGUUUUUUUAUCACAUUAUGCUCUCUUUGGAAAAAUCUGGGGAGACUUCAGGAAACAUAAAAUUUUCUAGCACCUGUGUUUGCAAUUUUGAAGUCUCGUCUUCUCUACAGAGGUGGGAAGGAAAACCUGAGCCCUCUUGGUAAUGACAACUGCAUUUAGUAAUGAAUAAAAAAAUAGACUUGAGCAUGUGAAUAUCCGAGAUGCUGUUAAAGGUUUUCAGUCAGGUUGUCUUUCAUUGUUAAAAACAGGAGGAGGAAAAGCUAGUUCUAUGUUUGUCAGAGCCUUAUGACAGAGCCAGUGAGCCUGCAUUGCUGUUGGGGUCAGCCUGCGUGGCUGCUGGGGUCCUGAAUGGGGCUGUGCACAGACCUGCUGCAGCCCACCACUGAGCAGAGUCAAUAGCCCUUCCCAAAAGGGUUCUGCCAGCUGUCCCAGGGCUUUCUCCUUCCUGCAGAUGGCAAAAGGCAGCGUGAGAUACUUGCUGAAAUCACAAGUGGCAAGAUAGCUCUCUGUCAAACAGAUCCACACCAGAAAUGGUAACUUAAUUACGGAACAUGCAACCUUGGGCUCAACUGCCCAAAGUCUGGUUGUGCAAAAAAUUUUCAGACUUCUCCCCCAUGAGCAAGCAUGCACAAUCCUUAAUCUCAAGUGGUUUUUUUUUUCGUUUUUGGUAUUAAUAUUCUAGGACCUACAGUAGAGAUAGACACAUUUUUGAGAUACAAUAUAAACCAUCUUAACUCCCUCUCUUUUCAAAAUACCCUUUCUGAAAUGAAUAACUAAUUAGCAUAAAAGGUAGUGUUAAGAUAUGCUAUUACCUUUUAUAGUAAUCUUGAAAAAAGCCUCAGUUUCUGUAUUUAAGGAAUAUAGCAUAUAAAAAAAAGACCAAAUUUUUACCCUCUAAUUAUUGCUGCCCCAUGAAAAGGUUUACAGAAAAUGUAGUUAAAUGUUAAUGUAGUCUGCUUGAACCUCUGAUAUGACAGCCAGGGGAAUUUUUAUUUUCUCACAAUGUUGUUCUGUCUCCAGAUUUCUAAGACAAAGGGCCAUGCAAGUAGGACUUGCCAUAGGUGUCCUACAGUAGGUAGGCAGAAAAUAGCUUUAGAACUCAUGUUUUUUUCUUUGGUGAAAUGGCUCAUUUGUGGAAAUAGAAAAAUGCAAAUAAAAAUACAGUUCUCUCCUCUGUAUGAACAAUGAGUUAUGUUUCACACUCGAUGCCACCAGAAAAGCCUUUCAGAUCUGAUCAGCUUUCCUGAGGACAUCAUUAUACUUUUCCAGCUGAGAGGCAAUAUGACUAGCUCAGGCUGAUCCAUUUUGCUCAGGCAGCUGCAAUAUAAAUUGUUGCAAUAUAACAUCUAACAGGGAGAUAAAAUGUAAAAAUUCAUCUUUUGUUCAUGACUCAUGCACAUACACUAACAAAGUUGGAAUUACAGUCAAAGAACAACAACAAAAUGGACUUGAAAAAUAGAAGUUUCCUCUUCCAGAAGUGCUGCAUGAGACAUCUUUGGCUUUCUGUUUAAUGAGCAAGGUGCCUUCCCAUCAGUGAAGGGCCUCACAUAAUGCAAAUGAAAUCAUCUAUCAGGUGCCUUUCAGCACAAAACCCCUAAAUUUGAUGGUUUAUGCAGUUUACUAGUUGGAUUACCCUAAUCAGCUUCCUCCCAAUGUUUAUAAUUUUAUGUAAAAAAAACCCAAAACAACAACAACAAAAUGAUUUUAAAUGGAUAGUGAAGUGUCAUUUUUAAAGGCCAAAAUAUCUCCUCAGUUUUUACUUUGAUAUGGUGUUUUGCACUGUGCUAACCCUUGAACAAUAA